CUUUGCAAAGCUCAGAGCCCAGCUGGGAGAGGAAGACACUGCUGGUGUCUGAGUGCCUGCCACUGCAGGCAGCUGAGAGCAGUGAAGCCACACACUGCUCUGUCUGGUCUCUGCUUCCAGCUCUGCCAGGUGUGAGCGAGGGCUCCAGCAAGGCAGAGCGGGGAGACACAGCUGCUGCUUGCUCUCCUCACUGGCUGCCUUGUUUGGACCAGUUGAGCAGGAAUAUUUACUCAGGGACAAGGGGAAGAGCUUGGAAAGAUGAUUUAAAGUCAAGCAACUGUCUUCAAGCAUCCAAGCCUGAUAUGCUUAGCAAACAGCAGUGCUCAAAGGUGGAGUACAAUACUGAAGCACUCUGGAAGCAAGCAACCUACCAAAACUAAGCCAGCAAAGCACUCUGGAAGCAAGCAACCUACCAAAACUAAGCCAGCAAAGCACUCUGGAAGCAAGCAACCUACCAAAACUAAGCCAGCAAAGCACUCUGGAAGCAAGCAACCUACCAAAGCUAAGCCAGCAAAGCACUCUGGAAGCAAGCAGCCUGCCAAAGCUAAGCCAGCAAAGCACUCUGGAAGCAAGCAGCCUGCCAAAGCUAAGCCAGCAACUCUUUGGGACCUCUUGGGAUCACAAUCCUAGGAAGAGAAACAACAAAAUCAGGAGUGCUGUGGAUUUGAAAGCAAAACAGCAGCCAUUGUCCAAUUUCCAGCUGCCACAUCUACUUGGAAACUGAGGCUGGGACACUGCUGGAAGUCAUUCUGAAAGGAAACAACCUUCUUGGGAAGGCAGGUGGCCAGCAGAGACCUUUCCUUCCUUGCUCCAUUAUGAUCUCUGCUUAAGUGUUCUCGUGCACGUGUAGAAGAGGUUGGGGAAAAAAGCUGCUGAUAAUUUCUUCCCAGGUCUGUUGCCAAAGGCAGAUAAACCACCUCUGGUCAGCAGUCUCCCUGAAGAAUGGCUGGCCAGGACACUGAGGACUUUGGAGCAGAGCACCUCUCUGAGAAGGCUCGGAUGAUUCCCAGCCUCCCACCCUAUGACAUGGAGGAUCAGCUCCUUCCCAGGGAGCCACGGAGCACCUGCUGCUGCUUGGCAUGGACCCUGUUGGUAGUCACCACGAACAUCUUGGUCUUCUUCAUGAAUUUGCUGCUGCUGUUUGUUAUCUUCACCAUUGUCCUGCUCCCCACCAUUGUGGUGGUUUACUUUGGCUUCCAGUGCCACUCCAAGGUGCUGCACUCAGCUGCCCGCUACUGCAGGAGCUUCUUGGAUGACAGCAGCUCUUCUGCCCUCAUCAUCCUUGGCUUUGUCAUCAUGUCCCCUCUGAUAGUGGCAGCCAUGGCCAUCUACUGCAGCCUGGCCAGGCGCUUCCAUCUCCUCCUGUGCUUCCAGCCCUACAGCAGGGCUGUCUACAAGGGGGUGAAGUGGCGCUGGUACGAGGAGGGAGGCUUGUGCCGCUCUGUCAGGGGGUGGAACACUCAAGUCAAAGCCUGGGUAUGAGCUGGCAGCACCAGAGGCCCUCUCCUAGCCAGCACCACCUUCUCCCUGACCUGUCCUUCCUCACCAUCACCUCCCAGAAUCACCAUCCUGAGGUUUCUAUGGAUGCAGGCAGCCUAGGACCUAGAUGUGAGAGGAAGGGAGAUGCAUGAGCGAGCCUUCUCCUGCAGCUGCAAGUGGGUAGGACUGUGCCCAGCAUGAGGGCAAAAGAGAUAACACAAAUCCUGGGUGGCCAAGGAACAUGGACUCCUCCUGCUGCUUGUGGCAUCUGGAGCACAGCUCCACUUCCAGCCUUGCCAGCAUCACCUGGGCGGGGAGCAGCUGAACAGGAGCACACAGGGGUGGGGGCAGCUGCUGACCUCGCUGCAUGCCUUAGAGGGGUCCCUUUGGGACAGGCAGCCCUUGGUGAAACAGCCAGCCAGGUGCAAGGGCCUGUGCUUUGCCUGGGUGCUGGGGUGCCUGUGUGUCUAAGCUCCCUCUGAGGUGUCUGUAGUCACUGCCUCUGUGAUGUCUGAGAUCCACACUUCCCUACACAGCAGACACUCGUCCCUCAGCAGUCCCUCUUUCCUGUGACCUGUAGCAGUGCUUGAGCUCCUCUUGCUGUUCCUGAGUGUUCUAAACCUUCUGCUGUCCCAUCGAGGCUGGAUGGCUGGAGCCAUUUCAGCACUGGCACUGUGUGGUGUGAAAGAAGGAGCACAGACUGGCCCUCAUGAAAAUGCAGGUGGGCAGGAAGGUGGUGUCUGGGGAGGCUGCCAUGCUGAGUGUGUGAUCUGCCAUACCCAAGGUGAUGUGUGGGGUGGAUGCAGCAUCCUCCUGGAACAGGAGCUGGGGAUGAGAGAGCUGCUGGGCAGAAGAACCCAGCCUGGGUCUGGUGCUGUGCUUCUGCAGAGCCCCCACAGGGUCUCAGCUGCUGCUUGGCUAAGGCAGCUGAAGCCCCUCUUGACUUCAGUGGUCUGUGCAGCAAGACCACAGCCCCUCUGCCAUUAAACUGGCCCUGGGUAAGGAGCACAGUCUGGCAUGGCAGCCUGGUGCAUGUCCCUCUCCUCUCGUGUCACUGUGGGGCUCAGUGUGCCGUUGGUGGGGUCUGUGUGCUGCUGCUUGCUGUAAGCUCUGUGCUCCCACUGCCUGUCCUUCCUCUGCCUCCCCUGUACCAGCUUUUCCAGUGCUGUGUAUCAAUAAAGAUCAUGCAGAUGCCA